AUGUCUCAACGAAACUGGGCAGAAAAGCCCUCUGGAUACGAACCUGCUCGCGUCUACGACGUGGAAGACGAACCUCCAGGACCGGAUACUAUCGUAUACAAACGCUACAGCUUUUUUAGCUGCACCGAAUGGGUUUUGGAGAUUGUCGCGUCUAUCGGGAGCCUGGUCAUUAUUGCGGCGGUGGCUGUCAUAUUCAGGACAGUGGAUAAUCAACCUCUAUCGACCUGGACCUUCCCCAUUUCUCUCAACGCCGUUAUCUCGAUAUUGACGACUGCUUGUUCAGCGGCUAUCAUGCAUAGCGUCAGCACAUUCAUCAGCCAGCUGAAGUGGCUUCAUUUCAAAAAUGGACCUCAGAAGUUUGAACACUUGGAAAAGUUUGAUGAAGCCAGCCGUGGUCCUUUGGGCUCUCUCAAGGUUCUGGUCUCAAUGAAAUUGAACUUGGCAACCAUCGGAGCCUUGGUCACGAUUUUCCGUCUUGGUCUGUCACCAUUGGCUCAGGGGGUGGUCAAGAUCGAUGAACGGUCCGUCAAAAGCACCAUAGACGAGAACGUCACAUUUGGAUUUGCACAUGCAUACAAUCGUGAUGUCACAUUUCCCGAUCUCCGCGGCAUCCCUCAGGAUCCCAACAUGCAAGCCGCCGUACUCCAAGGAGUCUACAACAUUAGCUUCACAGCCGAGUGCAGAAAUGUCACCCAAGCGACAUUACAGUCACAAGUCUGCGUGCAUCCGGUUGAUUACGACGAAAAUUGCAACAUGACGACGCCGGGGAAUAUAGGUCUUUCUAGCCGAAGACGGAACACCUACUGGGGCACUCGCUACCAAAUGAACGUGUCGUUAUCGGAGAUACCAGACGAAUUUCCGGAAAUCGCCCGAUUCGCUAUAUACCGAGCAAGCCCCGAUCACAACUUUAAGCUGCUUGACGUUAACAUUACGAAGUGUUCACUUUCACUGGCUGCUUAUAAUUACACCGACGCGCAGUCAAACGGAACGUCCUUUGCCUUCGGAGACACGCAAGAGAUUGGCGUUGGCGGUAAGGAGUUUUGGAGCUUUACUAACCGGUCCUAUUUUUUCGAAGGAACAAAUUUCACCAGCAAGUCCAAAGCAUCCAAUCUGCCUACGUUCGAGCUGUCAAGUGAUGACCUUGAGGCCUUGCAGGAUUUCCUUAGGUCUGAGGCAAUCACCACCAAGUGGGUAGACGGAGGCCCUGAUAAAAAAAACCAUGGUCUUAGCGCCGCUGCUUUAGCUGGUGACGUAGACAUUGGAAAGCGAUUUGAACAGAUGGCAGUCAGUAUGACGGAUUACCUCCGCUCAGGUCCGAAUAAGAAGUCGGUAACGGGAGUAAGGGUUGGCAAGAUAGCGUUCGUGUCAAUUCGGUGGUGGUUUUUUGCUGGUCCUGCUGCGAUCGAAGCUUUGGCGUUGUUGUUCGCCGUGUUGACCAUUUUCAGCAACCGGGAGAAUAGCAGGGUCCCUCUAUGGAAAUCGUCUGCUCUUGCCGUCUUAGCAUGUGAGCACGAAAGGAAGUCAGAGCUGCUGAAGACUACGGUCAAGGGUAUCAAGAAGAUUGAGAAAUUGGCGGAAACUUCUUUUGUGAAGCUGGAGUAA